AUGACAGACGCGGAGCAAACCUUAUUUGGUGUUUUAGAUAAAGAGUUGGACAAACGCGGGUACAAGCCACGAGAUGUCAAAGUCAAACCAAUCUCAUCAGGCGGAGCUAAUUACACCUCAAAAUUAUUCCUCGUUGAUGUAACCACACCCAAAGAAGACUUGAAAUUAUUUGCGAAAGUAGCAAUAAUAGCUGGUCAGCUCAGGCAAACAAUGAGCGCCGACUGGUUGUUUGCUACAGAAAGAUUAACAUACACAAAAAUUGCCAAAUUCUACGAAAACUUACAAGAGAAACACAAUUUAUCUGAAGACGUGAAACUGAAAUUUCCUAAGUUCUAUGGAUGCAAUGAUGAAUAUGGAAAAGAGACGGUCAUAAUGGAAAACCUUGUUGCAUCCGGAUAUAAACCAUUCAACAGAUUAAAAUCUAUAGAUUGGCAGCACGCAUCCGCCAGUGUAGAAUAUCUCGCGAAGUUCCAUGCGUUAUCAUUUGCGUUGGCGAAGGACUUUCCUGAAGAGUUCAAAGAAUUAUCAGAUAUAAAGUAUGAAAUUGGAAGCCAGGCCCGUGACGACGAAAUCUCGAAGUCAAUGUGGGAAAAAAUUAUUAAAGGAGCGAUCGCUGUCGCAAAAGACGAGCAUAAAAGUCGAGUUUUAAGUUAUUUCCAAAAUAUGCCUAAGUUUAACUCUUACAAUAAACCGAUUGGGAAACCGGUACUUUCACAUGGAGAUUUUCGGGUCAGCAACUUGCUUUUCAAGGCAAGAGGUGAGGUGAGUGGUAUAAGUUUCUAUGUAUACUUACAUCUUUAUACGUAA